UUAAAUUAGAAGUUGGUGUUUGUCUUCCGAGCUUCUAAGGUCCCUGCCAAUUUUUUUCUUCCAAAUUCUCCGCUUUUGCUUGGAUUUUUUGUAUGCUAAAAAAUUUCAAUUUCUUCGCAUAGGAAUCAAUCCUACCCCUCCCCUAACCCUAAAAUCGCCAAUUCACUCUCGACUGAAUCGACUAAUUCUUCUAUUCGUUUCUUCGCAUAGUAAUUAUUUCACUCAAAAACCUCCAAUUGAUCGCUUCUGUAUGCUUUUCUCCUUGAUAGUUUCCUGAUUUCUUAGUUCCCUGAUAUUGAUUUGAACCCUCUCAAUAAAACACAAUGGAUGACAUGAAAGACAAGUUCAAGGGUUUCAUGAAGAAAGUGAAUACACAAUUAUCAUCUUCUUCCUCCAGUAAAUUCAAGGGCCAAGGUCGAGUUUUGGGGAGUUCCUCCUCUUCUUCAUCAGGACCCACUAACCCCAUUCACGCCCGCUAUUGUCAACCCGUUAACCCAAAGUCAACUCCAAACCGUUCUUCACUCAAUUCUUCUUCAAAUUCUAAACCUUUACCUCAAAAAUCACCCAAUUCUGAUCAAAACAAACCUGCUUCUCUUAAUAACUCAAACCCAAAUCGCAAACCCACUGAUGGUUUCGAUCCAUUUGACUCACUGAUCACCACAGGGAAAAGAUCUCAAAAUGGCUAUUCAUUGAAUGUGUUUGAAUGCCCGAUUUGUGGGCAAUCAUAUAAAUCAGAAGAAGAGGUCUCUAUGCACGUAGAAAGCUGUGCCAAUAACAACAGCAAAUAUUCGGUUGACGAAGGAAAUGGGAUGGGAGCAUCUAGUGGUGGUGAAUUGCAGGCUUCUGCCGGUGCGUAUUUGUCAGGGAAGCCACCGGAGGGCGCUGUGGAAGUUGUGCUUCGACUGUUCAGAAAUAUUGUUAAGGAGCCAGGUAAUGCAAAGUUUAGGAAGAUUAGAAUGGGGAAUCCGAAGAUUAGGGAGGCUGUUAGUGACGUUGCAGGAGGGGUUGAAUUGUUGGAGUGUGUUGGGUUUGAGUUGAAGGAGGAAGGUGGAGAAAUGUGGGCCGUUAUGGAAGUUCCAAAUGAGGAGAGAAUUAGAUCGAUUAAUGAGGUGGUUGGGUUAUUGGAACCUAGAAAGGUAGAGGAGCAGGUGCAGAAGGUAGAGGAUAAACCAUCUGUUGUUCCUGCUGGAACAGGGGAGCAGGUUGAGCCGAAGAAGAUUGACAGGCAGAUCCGGGUCUUCUUCUCUGUCCCUGAAAGUGUAGCAGCAAAAAUUGAGCUGCCAGAUUCAUUUUACAAUCUAUCUCCUGAAGAGCUGAAAAGAGAAGCCGAUGCAAGGAAGAAAAAAAUUGCAGAAUCUCAGCUUUUGAUUCCCAAGUCUUACAAAGAGAAGCAGGCAAAAGCUGCUAGGAAGAGAUACAGACGAACCCUUAUACGUAUCCAAUUUCCUGAUGGAGUGGUGCUUCAGGGUGUCUUUGCUCCUUGGGAAACAACUAGUGCUCUUUAUGAGUUUGUGAGCACAUCACUGAAGGAACCCGGUUUGGAGUUUGAACUGUUAGAUCCUGUACUGGUCAAACGACGGGUUAUCCCUCAUUUUCCUGCCGCAGGGGAGAGAGCCUCUACUCUAGAAGAUGAAGAUUUGGUUCCUUCAGCUCUCAUCAAGUUCAGGCCUGUUGAAACGGACUCUUCUGUCUUCACAGGGCUCUGUAAUGAACUUCUCGAGAUUAUUGAACCGCUUAAUUGAUUUGGAAGUAUGAAGACAGAUAACAAUAUUAAUACUUGUGUGCUUCAGCUCAGGCUUGAACUGGAUUAUAUAUAUUGGGGCAAUGGUACAAUUUCACAGUUUUGCUUCUUUUUUUUUAUAUAUAUAUAUAUAUUAUUAAUUCAAAUUAGAUUCUGUACUCAGUUACUCAAAAAUUUGCACUAGCAGACUGAUCAAAUAUGCCAAGAAGUGUGUAUUCUUAUACUCAUAAUGCGUUGUCGACCUGCGGUCAAGUAUACAGUUGCUGUCCAUUUGGAAUUGUAACUUUGCACAAUUUUAAAUAUUUCACGAUUUUGAAUUGUAAAUUUGCUUCAAUAGUUGUUGCCAUAUGAACUCUACAUGUUAUGUAAAUGGUUGUGCCUUCUCUCUC